CAUUUUUUUAUAUACAUCAUGGGAGCUUCAAUAUCUCGACGUAGUAGAAAUCGAUCAUCACGAGGCAAACGUACAUCCGACCAACGAGAUACGUGCAGUCAUUCGUCUAUCAGCCCUUCCGUCAAAGGUACUACCAUUCACGGUAGGGUAUACCAUGAUGUGGAGUCGAGCGUGUACUUCUUCCCCAUGGACGAAAUCGAACAGGACCGAUUGCACGGACAACACUUUGGCCUGAAGGCGCUCUUCAAUGGGAAUUUACUUGCUCCCGUGCGAGAUGCUGUGGACCUUGAAAAUCACUGUCACGUACUGGAUGUUGGUUGCGGUCCUGGUAGCUGGUUACUAGACCUUGCGACGUCUCAUCCUAACUCCAAGUUUGUCGGUGUGGAUAUCGUUGAUAUGUUUCCGUCCACGAUCAAGCCACCCAACACUGAAUUUCAUGUCGCCAACAUUUUGGACGGUUUGCCCAUGUUUGCCGACAAUAGCUUCGACUUAGUACAGAUGCGAUUGUUUGCCUCAGUCCUGAAAGGAGAUCAAUGGAUAAAAACUCUGACGGAGUUGAAGCGAGUGUGUCGGCCAGGUGGCAUGAUCCAACUGCUAGAAGUGGACUAUAAGGUUACCGGAAACCAAUUUGUCAACAAGUUCACAUCAAAGCUGGUCAAUAUUAUGGCAAGCAGAGGACAGGAUGGCGAAGCAGCCAAGAAAUUGGCCCCCAUGUUGACUCAGGCUGGUUUCAUAAAUCCACAUACAGACCAUCGACCAAUAGCUGGUGGUAAGUGACGGACUUGGGUGCAUUUUUACACAGACGAGUGGCUAAUUCCUCAUACUCGGUAGGUUGGGAUGGAGCUUUGUCUCAUGAAAUAUGGUUGGAUAUCAAAAACGCCAUGUCGGCAGCAGCGCCCAUUGUUGCCCCAGGCUAUGGGAUGGAUGCGGCUGGAUACCUGGCGUAUUUGAACGAAACUUUGGAAAAUGUUAGGGAUCACGGCUCUUACUUUAAUUGGUGG